AUGGCGAUGAAUUUCGUGACCUUUAACCAGGACUACAGCUAUCUGGCUGUAGCCACCUCCAAGGGAUUCCGCAUUUUCACGACCGACCCGUUCGCGAAGAGCUAUGAGACCAAAGAAGGGAAUAUUGCCGUGAUUGAGAUGCUGUUUUCGACAUCCCUCGUAGCUCUUAUUCUCUCUCCUCGUCGGUUGCAAAUCACAAACACCAAGCGCCAAUGUGCAAUAUGCGAGUUGACAUUUCCGACUACGGUCCUUGCCGUGAAACUAAAUCGCAAGCGCCUAGUCAUCGUGCUGGAAGACCAGAUCUACCUCUACGACAUUCAGACCAUGAAACUCUUGUUCACAAUCGAUACAUCACCUAACCCGCAUGCUAUCUGCGCCCUAGCACCUUCGUCCGACAACUGCUACAUGGCAUAUCCCCUUCCUCAAAGGGCCCCUCCAGCAUCGAAGCCACCAGCACAUGCACCACCUGGUACAACCCACGUGUCGCCCACGACCGGCGACGUUUUGAUCUUCGAUGCCUCCAAGCUAGAGGCUAUCAACGUCAUUGAAGCCCACCGCUCUCCGUUGGCAUGCAUCACCCUAAACAGUGAAGGAACUCUACUUGCGACGGCCUCAGAUAAAGGAACCAUCAUUCGCGUCUUCUCUGUUCCCGAUGGACAUAAACUCUACCAGUUCCGACGUGGUUCCAUGCCCUCUCGCAUCUUCAGCAUGUCCUUCAAUACGACUUCCACUCUCCUCUGCGUCUCCUCAUCUACCGAAACCAUCCACCUUUUCAAAUUGAGCCAGCAAGGCCCAUCGUCGAAUAACUCGCCUCCAUCCCACUCUCCGAUCGGUCGUGAUUCGUCGUACGGAACCAGUCCAUUCGGAAGUAUAAAUGAUGAGGAUGAGAUUAGCGGCGAAACUAGCUCGGAGCUGGCUCAGCGGAAGCACAAUGGGACUCUGAUGGGAAUGCUCCGCCGGACAUCUCAAAAUGUCGGUGGAGCUGUAGCUGCGAGAAUGGGAGGCUACCUACCUAAAGGAGUCAGUGAAAUGUGGGAGCCGGCGCGAGACUUUGCGUGGAUCAAAAUUCCACGGCCGAACCAAGGCGCUGCCGGAAGCAACAACACCGGGCCUCUAAGAAGUGUGGUUGCGAUGAGCAACAGUACCCCUCAAGUUAUGGUGGUGACGAGUGACGGCAACUUUUACGUCUUCAACAUCGACUUGUCAAGAGGUGGGGAGGGAACCCUCACAAAACAAUACUCUGUGAUCGAUUCGAAUGAUAAGUUAGGGCACUCUGCAGUAGAUUACUGA